AUGAAACUAUCCUCGUGCCUUGCAGCCAUUCCGUUUGCGUUUAGCAGGGGAGCACUUGCGGCGGCCCUGCCACCACCACCCCCAGAGCCUCUACCUUUAGUGCCAGAGCCCAUGGCGAUACCGGAAGAAUCCGUAGAGUCACUCAGCGCCCCCAGCGAAGACGAGACUUUACAUCCCCACCUUGCCUAG